AUAAACUACGUGUGGUGGUAUACUGUAGAUAAACUACGUGUGGUGGUAUACUAUAGGGUAUUUGCUCGGCACAGACACAGAGAAUAACUGUGCAUACCUGCGUGCAUCAUCACUAUGGCGCAGCCAAAGAAGCUGAAAGACGUCUCAUUUAGCCAGACUGAGGAUCGCAAUGUUGUUAAUUCCUGGGUUAAGGCGGCAUGUGAUAAAGAUGCGGACUACGAGACCACAGGGGAAUACUGGAGUGCUGUUUAUAGAGCAUUCAAACGACUGAGUAAUAGCAAAGUGAAUAAGACGAUGGAGCAGAUUGAGAACCGGUUUAUUCAUAUAGCGAAGGAAGUGAGUAAAUACGCAGCCUUCUGGAAAUUGAUUUACAAUAAAAAUCUAAAGGAAGGAAAACUUCAAACACUCGAUGAUACCAACUUGGAUGCGUUGAGAUGGUGGUCCGCAAUGAACAUAGUGGAGCAGAAGAAAGCCGAUCACCGCAAGAACCACCCUAACCGCCCAGAACCCAAAGUGCUUCCGGUGAUCGAUGAGAAUCUCACCAUAAAAGAAGGUCCUAUCAUUGAUCUAUGGCUGAUGCUGAAUGAGACUCCGUUGUACAGGGAUCUGGUGUCGGCAAACUGCCAAUCAGAUUGGACGCCGCACCAUCUAAAAAUUGAAAAUCAUGCACCAACCGCCAAAAAGGGUGCAAAACCAGAGAGAAGGAGUACAAGGUCACUGGCACCCUCUUCCAUAGAGCCGAAGAAAUCGUCUUCAAAAUAUGCAGCAAGGCAAACGCGUUCAGCAUCCGGUACAUCACGUCCCGUUUCCCCAAAGCCAGCCACACGCACAACUGGACGUUCUAAGCGAACGGUUGCACAGCCUGUGCACGAGUCCGAGUCAGGGGGAGACGAUGGCUCCUCCUACAAUGCUUCGGACGAGGAAGCUACCUCCGACAACUCCGAACCCACCGUCGCCAAAGGGUCCCAACGACCCACCACCUCAUCAGCAACACGCAGGAGUGCUCGAAACACACGCGCACGCUUACCAGACACCACAGACAGCAACGACGGCUCUGCCUUGGCUCGGAAUAAGAACAGAAACGCACAGGCAACGUCGCACACGAGUAGACGUACAAGCAAGCGCAAGGCAGUGAGUGUGGAGAAGGCAGUCAAGCGACCUUCGCCUAGGAAACGGGUGGCACCAAUGCCCAGGCCCAAAGCCGUUGCGCUACCGGCAGUAGAGAAGCGCAUACCACCGCCGCCACAGCACGAACAUGCAGACACACACACAUCAGAUGAAAGCAAAAGUGACGAGACCGACAACGACUUUGUCAGUGAAGCGGAACAUACCACUAACCAGCAACUAUAUGGCCACGAUGUACCACGACAGCACAAAGGACGACGGGCGUACGAGUUGUCUUAUCUGGAGAACAGGAAGAAAAUCGAAAUACUGAACUACUUGAGAUCAAUUGGGUCCUCCGAAUACCAAAGGUGCCACGAAGCCUACAAAGCCGAAAUGAUUAAACUCUUUGAUCUGCCGCUAGAGACCUCCUCUCCUACACCCACACCCCAACAGCAGAUCCAAAAUCAGGCCCAAAGUCCGAAAUCUACAGGGCAAGUACAGGCAAACGGAGUGCCUACAGCAACCAAAGCGGAAAAAUUCUGGCCGGUGGAUGCCAAUGAGGACGAGUCAGUUACGGCGUUUCGCCAGUACCUGCGCAUAGCUUCAGUGCAACCAAGCCCCGACUACACACCUAUUGCCGAGUUCUUGAAAGCCCAAGCCCUCCAUAUUGGCCUGGAGUAUCAACAACACACACUGGUAGAGGGCAAGCCCAUUAUUGUGCUCACACUCAAAGGAAGGAAUCCCCUGGCCAAGAGUGUGCUGUUGAACUCACACACCGAUGUGGUGCCUGUGGAGAACGACAAGUGGACACACCCACCGUUUGACGCCCACAAAGACGCGGCCGGUCGCAUAUACGCACGGGGUGCCCAGGACAUGAAGUGUGUGGGCGUACAGUACUUGUACGCCAUCAAGAACCUUCUGGCUAACCACACGUCCACACAACCACUCUUCACCCGAACGCUGCACAUUUCAUUUGUACCUGAUGAGGAGAUUGGCGGCGCAGAUGGAAUGCAGAAGUUCUGCGCUACACAGCACUUCAGGAAUCUGAAUGUGGGCUUUGCAUUGGAUGAGGGUUUGGCCAGCGCUAGUGAGCGGUGCGAGGUGUAUGUGGGCGAGCGCGCGCCCUUCUGGUUUAAUCUGACAGCCGCAGGCACCCCCGGACAUGGCUCACUCUUCAUAGAAAACACGGCGUCGAUGCGCCUGCUCAGUGUGCUGCAGAAGUUUGUUAACCUGCGCAACAAGAACGACGCGGAGAGGAAGGCAAACAACCUCACAAACGGCCGUGUGAUGUCUGUGAAUAUCACUAAGAUCAACGGAGGCGUGCAACACAACGUCGUGCCUUCUGUAAUGACCGCUGCGGUUGAUAUCCGAGCGCCGCCGAAUGUAACGGCAAACGACGUACACAAUCUGAUCGAUUCGUAUCUGGAGGAAGGUGUCACGGCGACCUAUAUUGUGAACACUCCUGUAAACAAGCUUACCGCUAUAGACGAUACCAACCCUUGGUGGGGAGUGUUCACCAGUGCCUGUGCCGAGGCGGGUGUGCUACUCAAAGAGCCUGACAUUUUUCCCGGCGGCACGGACUCGCGCUUCUUACGGGCAAUGGGUAUACCCACAGUAGGCUUCUCCCCCAUCAGCAAUACGCCAGUACUGCUACACGACCACGACGAAUAUCUAACUGAGUCCACAUAUCUUGACGGUGUGCGUGCCUAUGAGCGCAUUAUUUCCGCUUUGGCUAAUGCGAAUGGCAGUACUGUGGCCUGAUCCAUGGGCAAAAUACACACAGGAAUUGAAAGCUGCUCAAAAUGAAUGCUACAAAUAAAAAGCGAUUAUGAGUUUCUACCCAGCUCGGCAAUCAUGUUCUGACCGCUUUUGCCGGGUAAGCAUACAUUCA